AUGCCCCCGGCAGCCUCGGACGACUUAUUUCGCCAGCAGGGCCGGGCUUCAGGCGAUCUCAUCCCCCUUCCUUCAGACUUCACUCGGCCAAGUCCCGAAAACAAUGACAAUAUUGGAAAAACGAAGAAAAAGGGUAAAAACGGCAAAGGAGGUAAAGGGGCCAAAGCGGUAGCCAAGUCUCCGCCUGAUGACCUGAUUGACACUUCCCCUCCUAUGCUAGCUGAGCCGGCGUCUUAUUCAGAUACUCCGUUAGCUCCCCCUAGUAAUCCGGUUGCCCCGGCCGUUCCAGACGCGUUUGGGUCUCUUACGGAAACGACGGAGAAUGAUCUUGCCAUCCGUACGGGAACAUGGGCAAAAUCAAUUCCAUAUGGAAAAAGUCCUCCAAAUGAUGGCAUCAAUGGGGAGCUCGCAGGCGGGUCUCCCCUCAGCUUCCCUACGCACCUAGAUAAAGGUGGUUUCAGUCAACCCUCGUCAACCUCUCCUCCUCCUCGAAGGAGACCCUUGAGCUACGGCACUGGAUACCUGAGCAGCAAUUUGUCCAGGCAGCAAUCCGUAGACAGGCAGAAGAGCCAUUCUCUGAGUGGCCCGUACGAUGGUCAUAUUCCCCUGCCUCAUCUGCCGCAACCUCACUUCUACGGUGCUCCAGAUAUUGAUCUCCCUCCAUUUACUGGUUCAAACCGUGCAGCUGGAGACGAAGGUUACUCAUUCUGUGGCUUUGACACUUUGUCCGGUCCAGCAUUCAAGUCCUCCAAAAUGGGUGGCACCGUAAUGCUUGUUGGCACUGACGGGGCCUUGGAUGUUCUCGCAAUCGAAGACCGCAAAACGCGUUUAGUGGGAAAGCUCAGUGGGCUUAGAGGUCGGGUGAUAGAGGCAAAGAUCCUAGCCUCGACCUCAUCGAACGAUCCGUUCAUUUCGUCUAGACCACACGUCGCCGUCAUAAUACACGGACCCUGUGCCUCAAGUGAAGACGAAGGCCGGGCAUCUUCUGCUGGUUCGGAAACGAAUGAGAUACCACCUAGUCAGACCGGAAGGCUUCCGCCGGGUGAAAAGCGCGUUAGCAGGGAUGAGCCGAAACUGUACCAAACCAGAGCCGAGGUCUAUUCUCUCAGGAGCGGAGAGCAGAUCGCAACGCUCUUCACCACGAAACCUACUCCGUGUUUUGAGAACAUUCCCGGAUUGCCUGCUCUGGCCCCAUCUCCUAUUGGGAAUCUUAAGCUCCUCGUCAGCGGGAACCAUAUAGUGUUGGCUUCCGGCGUCAGUGGGGAGGUGUAUGUAUACGGCAUAAACCCUUUCUCACAGUCAUGUGCAUAUCAGUUCUUGGGCAAAACCUGGACAAGUGUACAGACACGAGAGGCUCGGCGAUACUCAACAUCGUCCAGUUCAACUGAUCCGGAUGCAUCUCGGAACGACUCCCCACAUGGUUCAGCUGUUUCAGAUUACCCUGUGCUGGCGCUUAGAGGACGAUGGCUAGCAAUAGUGCCACCAUCCUCAACUUAUAGAGCUUCUAUUCGUGCAACGGUGCCUGCCUCACUUAUUCAGGGCAAAACUUUUGGGCUCGAGACGCGUAGUCCUCCAGCGAAGCCACCAGUCACCUCCGCAACGGACGUUGGCGAGGGCGAGAGUCUCUUUGACAAAGUAGCAAGGGGUGUCACACAAGAGCUGGUACGUGGUGCCCGCUGGAUGGGCGACCAGGGGCUUCAAGCUUGGAACAAUUACUGGAACAAAGACCAGUCUCAGAACACGUCCUCGCGGCGAUCUCCAAAUUUUAUGGACUUACCACAACAAGGAUACGGUCUCUUCCCUCCGACACAUGCCCAGGAGACUCAAACCACGUCUCCUGCAGAACCUGAUUCUGUCUCGAUUUUGGAUUUGAGACGAUUCGAUGAUGGCGCAGAGGCAAGGAAUGCUAUGCUCAACCCCAUCGCUACCUUCCAGGUCCCUAAUGGAUGUAGCUUCUUGUCAUUCUCCCCUAAUGGCUUGAUGUUACUCACAGCGAGCAAGAAGGGGGAUGUCCAGUACGUUUGGGACUUGAUGCAAGCCAGGCAUUGUCGGGCAGGGGUCUUCCUUUCUGAGGACUCCACAUCACCAUCAGCCAAUGUGCGACAAGUUGCGCGGUUCGCGCGUCUUACUACGUCUUCUAUUGUCGACGUGAUUUGGUCCCCUCCGUCCGGAGAUCGCCUGGCAGUGAUAACCCGCAAGGGUACAGUGCACGUUUUUGACCUUCCCCGCAGUGCUUUUCAGUGGCCUCCGUUCCGGCGAGCUCGUCCUCAACCCCACAAGUCACAGGCCAACAACUCCCCCACGGACGAAGCGACUGACAGAGCGGCUGCGGCUAAUCCACUAUCCGCCGCGCUUAAACUCGUUGGAGGGAAAACGCAGCCUAUUCUGGCUGCUGUCAGUGGCCGCACUCCGUCCGCUGGCUCUGCAUUUCCUGCAGUGGGUGCGUUCGCAAUUCCCUCCGCAGCUGGAGUCCGGAGUGGGAGGGCGGUUGCUGCUGGCCUUAGUAAAUCGAUGGGUGCAGCGACUGGUACAGUCAAUACUCUCCGGCACGCUGGAGAGAAUCGACUGCACCUCUCCGGUCUCGCCCGCGACCCAGCCGCGUCUCGUGUCGUUUGGAUCUCGAACAAAGGGCAGCCUUUCCUGGGUGCCGUAGACAAUGGAUUCUUCCGGCUGUACCGGGUCAAAAGAUCCAUGUCCUCUCCCAGGAACCGCCAGCUGCAGUCGGUUAUUGGAAACAAGGAAAUCGAGUACAAGUUGCCUGCGAACCUUCAGAUUCCAUGCGGUCCACUGCUGAUUGGGACAUUCUCCCAUGAACACACUGUGUCUGCCUUCUUAACCCUGCCGUCUUCAAACUCACGGCCCCACACUACCUCAAAGAUCAGGUGCCAGCCCCUGUCCCAGGCCGAGAUCGAGACGAACACACCUUAUCAGCCCUUCCACACCGACCACAGAGUCAAUCUCUUCGUUUUCUCGAAUGACAAUGAAGUAUGUGAUCCGUUGACGUGUGGCCCGGGCGGCCAGUGGAUCUUUGGCGACAGCAUCUCGCUGACCAAGCUCCACGUGCGGCCAUUCAGCGCCGGCAGCGGCACCGGGGACGAGGACGAUAUCGUGCACGAACAACACCACGGCUACGGGGUAGAAAUGGAGAACCUUAUCAGUCUUGGCAACAGCACCGGCAACGUUGAAGAGGUUGUUAUCACCACUCGCAGGAAGAAGAGACAUUCCAUGGCAGUCUCCGCUGCUCCUGCCGCUGGUGUCGACGACGGAUUCUUCGAAGACGACUGUGAAGUGCUGGAUUUUGCUCGGGAUCGGGUUUGA